ACCACUUUUGAAAACCAAGAAAUAAUAAGACAAAUGAAAUUUAACUCUAUCACUAAUAGAUACAAUUACCAAAAUUAUAAUAAUAUAGAAGAAUACUAUAGAGAAGAAACUCUUUACUCAGAAGAUGAAAGCAUAUACGAAGUAAUGGAGACAUCUUUAAGUCAAGCUCUUGAAGCUUUAUUCUAA